AUGACGACCGGCCCAACCUUUGACUCGGCCUUGAGCCGCAGUCGCCAGGACUCCUUUGUCAGCGCAGGGCCAAAGCCCAUCUCCAUGACAAAUCCCAACCGUGGCGCCGAUGGCCGCGGGCGGCGCGAGAGCUUGGCCGGCAGCAUGAUGAACGGCAUGAGCUGGGGAGGCGUCUCCAUCGGGAGCUUUGUCCGCGACGAGAUCAUGUUGACAGGUACAUCACCAUGGCAGGGCGCGCAGCCGUCCUCGUCCUUCCACUCCAACUCGUACAUCCCCAAGAUGGAGGCCGAGUACCUUCGAGAUUUCUUGUGCUGCAACCAGAGACUCGACAGCUUUCACGAUCUUCUGCGUCACUACGAGACUGUGCACACUGGCAGCAACGCACAGCCCAAUAACAAGCCCGCCAUGCCCAUGGGCCAGCGCCUCUCCGUCAGCAAGCAACAGCUGACUCCUGGAGGGUUCGGAAGUGGCACGCCCAGCCACCAAGGCUUCCAAAGCCCGAGCCAGCUCGGUUUCGGCCAGCAAAACCGCGGCAUGAACAGCAAUGGCUCGAACGGGCUUGGCGGCUUUGGUGGCAUGCAGCUUGGCGGGCAGUCACUGGGUAAUGGCCAGAAAGCCUCUGGCCUGACGAAUAUGCAGACCAACGACGAGAUGGAGACCGUGGGCGAGAUGGAGCUCGACGAGACUGUCGGCAUGAUGGAGAUGGACGACCCUUCGCGGAAUCUGCAGCAGACACGGCAGAUGUUUGGUGGGCAACAAACACGGCCACAGCUCCAGCUCAACAGCGGUGCUCUCGGUCAGGGUCUUCGCACCUCACAACCGUCCACGCCUGGCGCCGGUGGGUUCAACUUCCAGAACAACCCCACGGUCUCUUCUGUCAACACCCCGACUCUAUCUACGCAAGGCCUUGGCCAGCCCGCCAACGGCGAGGACGACUUUGCUGGACUGGACGCAAGCCUGAACCUCGGCGACUUUUCGAAUCUCGACGCUACGAGCCUCGAGUACUUCAUCAACGACCCCGCCAAGAGCCUGUACAGCUCGAAUGCCAAUUCCGCGAGCCAACGGGCAGCGCUCGCGACGCAAAUGGCCCAAUUUGGUCUCGACCAGAACCAGUUUGCGAAUAUGAGCGAGGCAACGCGCCUGACUGCCAUCUACCAGGCCCUGCAUAAUCCCAACGGCGUCAUGAUUCCUCCCGAGGAGGACAAGCCUUUCAAGUGCCCCGUGAUUGGGUGCGAAAAGGCCUACAAGAACCAGAACGGUCUGAAAUACCACAAGCAACACGGCCACCAGAACCAACAAUUACACGAAAACGGUGACGGCACCUUCUCCAUAGUGAACCCGGAGACGUCUGCACCUUAUCCUGGCGAGACAGGUAUGGAGAAGGAGAAGCCUCAUAAGUGCGAGUACUGCAACAAGCGGUACAAGAACCUGAACGGUCUCAAAUACCACAAACAACAUUCGACCCCUUGCGAGAUUGCUGCGCAGGCAGCCGCGAUCCGGCAAAAUCUGGCUGGAGGGCAAAUGCCGUUCAGCAGCCCCAGUGCCGGGCUGCCGGGCAUUGGCGAAGAGAUGCAGAUGUAG